AUGGGCAGGGUAUGUUUUUAUAGAGGUAGGGAUCUUAUCUAUGGAGGCAGGGGUGUCAUCUUCAUUUUUUAUACAGUCAGAACUAAAAUAUAUUGUUAUAGAUGAUCCAGAGGAUAUUAUACAUACUAGUCUUCCUAUCAUUAUGCCGUGAAGCUACUGGUAGUUAUGUAGAAGGAUGUAGCUCUCAUUGCACAAUGACUCCAGGUGAGAGCUCGUGGCAGUGUUGGGAUCAAACCACCAGCUAUUUCGAAGCGUCACUUCUUGGACAGCUACGUAACUUUGUCAAUGCUGAAGUGAGUAUUAUAUUGGUAUUUUAUGGUACACAUAUUAUGAAGAAUAGUAGAUUUUAGAAUUGGGGGUAGGGUAAAAUAAGCCUGCGAGGGUGGGAAAAAGGUAGACGUAAGGGUGGGUAUGUCUAUUGGUUAGAGUAGGGGCAAGGGCAGGGGUAAACUAAAGUAGCCAUACUUUUAAAACAAUUAAACCAAAUUUUUUAGAUAGGAAUAGCGCAAUGGAGAAAAGAGCACGAAAACAAUAUAAACUGGGACCGGGCCAGAGAAGAGACGGUCGAACGGAUGGUCAAUAACCUACCUCCUUUGAUUGAGGACGAAGACGAUCUAACUGAUCAAGAUCUAUAUAACUCUGUCAUUGGGGCUCUAAUCAAGGAUGCUAAGGUAAGAAGACUUUAUUUCGCUUUAUUUUCGAUUAUAGAUUAACAAGGAUUUACAAUCUUACUUAACAUUUUGAGCACGAAUGUAUGUUAUAGUAUCUUAUAGUACCCUCUGACCUUAUAGGAGCAAUUCGAACUAAAUCCGGCCCGUGAAGCCGUGCCAUCUUGUCCGCAUGGAUGUGAAAAACCCUCAAAAACAUUUUUCUGGCUAUUCAUUGUCUCGGCACUGGUUACUGUAACACUUAUGGGCAGUAUCGUAUCAUUGAUCUAUAUAUUAGACUACAAGAACAACAAAUACGUGGAUAUAACUGAAGAAACGCAAAAACAAAAGAGAAAACAACAAAAACAAGCACCCAAGGGAUAA